AUGGCUAUUCUUACGACUCUUGUUGCCGCUUGGGCACUGAUGGCCUCUGGAGCGAGCGCUGCUGGCGCCCCAUCGACAUCCGCCAACAUUGGCCCUGCUGCCUUUAUGUGGCCGCCUGACAGAGUCUGGUCCGCCGACGCUGAUAACACUGCUCCCUGCGGUUCCAUCUCUGGUGUACAGAACCGCACUACGUUUCCUCUUCAAAGUGGCAAGAUUGCGCUUGUCGCUCAAGAUGAAUCUUUCGACCUGGAACUCUCCGUUUCGUAUCUCGACGACCCAAAGAGCAACAGUGACUUCAACAAGCUGAUUGACAUGGAGACAUUCAAGGACAUUAAGCUCGGCCACACCUGCGUCACUCUCCCCAACGCCCCGUCCUCGGUCAAGAACGGCACCAAUGCCACUCUCCAGAUCAAGUACAUUGCCGACUUUGACAAGCCCGAGAACCAGACCUUCUAUGCCUGCUCGGACAUUACCUACGUCGAGCUGUCCCAGUUCAAGGAGCCGAUCCCGUGCUUCAACGCCACGGAGCCCACCCCCGGCGACAGCACCUCCAAGAACGGCAACGGCGCUGCGUCCUCGACGCCCACGCCCACGCCGACCGCCGAGAAGAAGAGCAAGUCUGGCCUCUCUGGCGGCGCCAUUGCAGGCAUUGUCAUUGGCUCCAUCGCGGGCGUCGCGCUGAUUGCCGGUGCCGGCCUGUUCAUCUACCGCCGCAAGCAGCAGCGCCUGCGCUUGCUCCGACAGCAAAACUCGGAGCGCGGCAAGUGGGCUGCUACGGACGCGGCUAGAGAUUCGCAGUCCCAGGGGAGCGUUCGAAUGAACAAUUUGUAA